CCAAGAGAGGAUGUCUUGACGCGCGUCCGCUCACCAAUACUUUGCGAAACCCAGCGAGGAGAGUCCCCACAGAGAGAGCCAGAUCAGUCCGGAGCCCAAGGACUCGACUCGGCCAAGAACAAGCACUUACAUCGUCAUCCAAUUGCCCAAGGGAAAUCCGAAACGUGAACGCUCCGCUGGAUUUGCGAUAGCCGCAUUCGCCGCAUUUGAUACGCUGCCAAUCCUGGUGGUGACGCAGCGACGCGAUCAGCUCCCGAUUUCAUGGCACUAAUGAUGUCGCGUCGCCCACAACAACAACAACAACAACAGCAGCAACAUCUUCUCGAGCCACUGCAACAGCAUCCACUUGAACUAGCGUCAUCGAAUCCGUUCCAAAAGGAAACGCGCGUUUCACCUGAGCGUCUGUGCGGUUGCGCGUGUGUGUGUGCCUGUGUCUAAUUCGCGUUAACGCGUCACUAAACAAAAGAGAAGAAAAUAAUUAUUAAUUAAAAGUAAAUAAUAAUAAUCAAAUCAAGAAGUAUAUACCCCGAUCGAAUGCGAAAUCGAGCUGCCCUUAUCGCGGUUACAAAUUGCAAUCAAACAAAUCACAGCGAACCAUCCAAAUUGCAAUUAAUGCCAAAGCGCGCCUGCAUCUGGCCAUAAAAGAAAUACGUUAACAGUCGAGUCCAGUGAUUAGAACUUUGUAACGCCACCGAGAUGGACUUCCAGAGCGCCAUGGAGACCUUUGCCGAGGCCUGGGUGGCCGCCAAUGCCGGUCAGCAGAGCCAGGCCUUGGCCUUAACCAGAGCUGCCAACGCGGCCGCCGUUGUGGCCGCGGCCAAUGCCAAAUCCCCGAACGCCUCCUCCGCCUCAGCCAGUCUGGCGGAUCUGGCUGUCAAGAAGGAGCACUCAUUGUCGCCACCCCACAGCGUGGUCGUGGCUGGUGAGGAUCAGCAUCGAAGAUCCUCGUUACAGGGUGUCCAGGAGAAGCUUACUCAGUUGCAGAUGCAGCAGCAACAUCACCAGCAGCAACAGCAGCAGCAACAGCAACAGCAGCAACACCAUCUUCAUCUUCAGCAGCAUCAGCAGCAGUCGCAGCAGGCGGCAGGAGUGGGUGGCGAAGUUGCCGGACGCAGGUCCUCCGAUGGCACACCACCAACUGCCCAUCCCACUCAGAACUCAGAAGGACAGGCGCUCUCCUCCUCCACAGCCUCAUCUAGUCAGAAUGCCACCCCCAAGAGCGAUCGGGAGAGAGAGCGGGAGAGGGAGAGGGAGAGGGAGCGGGAUCGGGAGGAGCGAGUGGAGCGGGGCAGCAUUUCCUGCCUCCCACCGGCCGCCCUUGGCAUGGCCGUGGGCGUCCAGCAGGCCCAGCAGCAGGCGGAGAAGCUCCUCAGCCAUCCGGCCUUGGACUCGCGACGGGAGUUCGACGUCAGCAAAGUGAAUCCCAAAUCACUUCCACUUCACUGUGUGGUGGAGUCGGUGCACUCGCUGCACGCCUCGCUCACCAUCGACACUCGCCAGCCGUGGAAGCGGCGGCCCAACAUCGAGACGGACAGCUAUGUGAUCAUAGCCGCGGCCACGCCCUGGAGCGAGAUUGUCCAGACGGCCCUCCAGAGGCUGGGCUACUCCCAGGAGGUGGCCAACACAGCCAGAGGCUCUUUAAUCAUCAAACAUUGGAAACCCAUACCCUUAGAGCAAAUAUCGGACAACCCAGCAGUUCCUGUCAGCGAUAUAGUGGGUGAACUGACCUCGGUGAUCACCCUGAGGAUCGUAAUCCUGCGGCCGAAGACCUCGCCCUUCGGGGAGAUCAAGGACAAGCUGCUCAAGCUGCUGGUGCUGCAGUCACAUGCGGUACUCCGCUCCACAGGAUGUCCGCUGGAUGAGGUCACGCUAUCCCAAAUCUGCCGUAGUUCCCACCAGAACACUUACGCCCUGCCCGGCGGAGAGAUCUCCGAUGACCUGCGUCGUAAGUUCGACCAAUGGUGGUCCAACCAACUCUCCCCUCAGGCAGCAGCCAUGGCACCCAAGAUGCUUCCCUUCAUGACGGGUCCAUCGGCAGUUCCUGUACCCGUGGCAGUGCCCGGUGAGAUGGACUUUCCAGUGGGCACCGCCAUGGCAGCGGCAGCUGCUGCUGCGGCACAUGCUGCCGCUGCAGGUGGCGCUGCUGGAGGUAAUCCCUUGGGAUCCAUGGGAAGUCGGGAAAGCCUAUUGCUGGCCAACGAGGCUGCUCAUCAUCCAGGCGCAGGGCAGGCUCCGGGACCAGGACAUCACGCCAACAUGCUAGUGCAUCCGAUGCACGCCUCCAUGCACCACCAUCACCAUCAUGGCGGCGGUGGAGGCCAUGGUCCUCCGUAUCCCAACCAGAAGACUCGCAUGCGCACCAGCUUCGACCCUGAGAUGGAACUGCCAAAGCUGCAGAAGUGGUUCGCCGAUAAUCCGCAUCCCUCGCGGCAGCAGAUCCAGACAUACGUGGUCCAGCUGAAUGCCUUGGAGUCGCGACGUGGCCGGAAGCCACUGGAUGUGAACAACGUGGUUUACUGGUUCAAGAAUGCUCGGGCAGCACAGAAGCGGGCUGAGAUGAGGGGUGGGAGUUUGGGGAGUGCGAUGAGUGCCCUGGGGCAUGCCGCCAUGAACGGCUAUCUGAGCCAGCAUGCCCCUUUGGGCCAGAACUCCAGCAGCAGUGCUGGCAGCCAGCCGAUGAGCAUGGGCAACUUGUCCAUGUCGCACGAUUAUCUGAAGAGUCCGCUCAGCCUGAAGUCGGAGGACAUUGACACCAUCUCGCAGCACUCGGAUGACAUGGAUGACGAGCAGAGCAGGCCAAACACUCCACAGUUGCCCCUCUCCUUGACCACUCAUGAGCGAAAUCGCAGUUCGCCGCUGAUGGACGAUGAUGAAGAGGAGGCGGGGGAGCAGCAGCAGCAGCAGGAGGCCAAAAGCGAUUUAAUGAAUGGCAGUUUGAACGACGAGGAUAGGCAUGAGAAGUCGCGGGAUGAACUGCAGGACAACGAAAAGGAGAACUCCAGCGCGGAGGAUCGUCAUCAGGAUGGAGACGCCCAGAUGGAGGCCAACUCCAACCUUAACAACAACAACCACAACAACAGCAGCUCGCACAACGACCAGGAAGUGACCUCCACCCCCAAACGGUCUACGCCCAAGGAGGAGGACGACGACUUAGACAUGGAUGAGGACGAAGAGGAUAAUGAGAAUGAUGCCAGCCAUCUGGAUGAAUUUCGUUCCCCUUCGCCGGAUCUAGCUGGUGGCGUUGUCCCGCACAAGGACCAACUGCCCUUUCCCAUGGUUCCCAACUCGAUGUUCUCGCAGUCCUUCAUGUACAUGAGCCACUACAUCCCGGCCUUUGGCCAAGCGGCCGCCGGUCAUCCGCAUCAUCACGCUGCAGCAGCAGCGGCAGCUGCCGGUAUCCAGCCAAACGCCUUGAUGGGCGGCGGCGGACUCAAUCUGUCGAGCAUCUCAAACGAGGAGCGCCGGAAGCGGAACCGCACCUUCAUCGAUCCAGUGACCGAGGUGCCCAAGCUGGAGCAGUGGUUCGCCAUGAACACGCAUCCCUCGCACAACCUGAUCCUCAAGUACACCGAGGACCUGAACACCAUGCCAUAUAGGCAAAAGUUCCCGCGUCUGGAGAGCAAGAAUGUCCAGUUCUGGUUCAAGAAUCGAAGGGCCAAGUGCAAACGGCUCAAGAUGUCGCUGUACGACAGCAACCAGUGCGCCCAGCUGGGUGGACUCGGCUCUUUUGUGCCCAAGUACGAGGAGAGGGACUAGAAUGGAAUCCCUUCCGGAGUUUGAAAUCAAAACUAGCAGCAUUUUGUCUUGUAAAUAGAUUAACGAGAGACACACAAACAGAACCCAAUUUAAGCAGCUCAAAUCGCCGGCUGCAGCUAUGACAAAUACUAUACCAUAUACGAUAGCUCAUAACUAUGUAAUCCCCUAGUUUAGUCAACUCUAAGUAUUAUAGAACGAGAACUUACCCAGUUACGCGUUACCAGUUGCCUCCUGGGCGGGCAUCUAGCGAAAAUUAGAGCAAAUAGAUAAAGCCACUUUACGGAUAAUACGAUCUUGCAUGAACCAGUAUGACUAACUUAUAGCUGGGCCGAGCCCCAGAGAACUCUAUCUUGAACCCUAUCCAGUAUACAGCUCUCUGCACCUAUUUCUACCUAGUAAUUAGCUAUAUACGAGUAUAUAGAAUGAGGGCGGCACGACUAAGGGCCAGCCCGUUAAGGAUAAGCAAACCAAAGAAAGCCAAUUUUCGAGAAACGUAGUCGUAGGAGCGGUCUACGAUCUGUAUAUAAUGUUAUUCUAGGUACGCCUUCUUUGUUUCGGCUUUAGUUGCAUUCGUAUCUGCAGUUUAAGUUACGGUUUAAGUUUAAGUUUGAGUUGUACCAGUACCAGUACUAGUUUAGUUAUCCUGCCUUAUUUCUGAAAUGAUUCCCCUCCCCCGCCUAGCACACAUCCCUUUCGAUCCAUGCACACGGAUAUCGCAUAUAGAAUGUAUAACAUACAACUCGUUGCUGUCGAAUGUCGAAGUCUUGGUAUCUAAUACCAACCAACAACCCCCAAACACUCUGGCCGCCCAAUCAGCUUCGGUUCGGACGAAUCCUUUUUGUUGCCAGCCACUCCACUUUGAUGGAAACUCGUAACUAAAUCUACACUGAAAUAAAAUGUUUUAUAAAUUGUUCCACUAGUUUCGUAAGCCUUCAGAUAGAUAAUAAACUUAAUUCAAAUAAUAUUGUAAUUUAUUGCAAGCAUCAAUACGCCCUCACACACACACACGCAGACAAGUAACACACAGACAGACACACAGCGAAACACAUCCACACACAUCUUUAUAU